AUGACGGCGACGAUGGCGGGGGAGCGGUACGUGGAGAAUAAGCUGAAACACGACGUGCGGGUGUCGAACAUGACGGCGGCGAAGAAGCUCGCGGACGCGAUCCGAACGUCGCUCGGGCCGAGAGGCAUGGACAAGAUGAUGGUGAACGCGAAGAACGACGUGACGAUAUCGAACGAUGGAGCGACGAUAUUGAAAACGAUGGACGUGACGCAUCCGGCGGCGAAGAUGCUGGUCGAGCUGUCGAAAUCGCAAGACAUCGUGGCGGGGGACGGGACGACGAGCGUGGCGGUUUUGUGCGGGGCGCUGUUGGAUAAAUGUAUCGGAUUGUUAGGACGAGGCGUGCAUCCGACGGUGAUUUCGGACGCGAUGUCGACGGCGUGUGAGAAGGCGUGCGAAAUUUUGGAGGGAAUGAGCGAUCCGGUGGAUUUGAAUGAUCGCGAAAGUUUGAUUCAGGCGGCGACGACGAGUCUGGGGUCAAAAGUCGUCGCGCAGUACUCGAGCUUGUUGAGCCCGAUUGCGGUGGAUUGCGUGCUCAGAGUGCUCGACCAAGAGCGGCCGAACAUGGUAGAUUUGCGAGACGUGAAGAUCGUAAAAAAGGUCGGGGGCACGAUGGACGAUACCGAGUUGGUGGACGGCAUCGUCUUCGACCAAAAGCCGAGCAAGGCGGCGGGCGGACCGACGAGAGUGGAGGACGCGAAGAUUGGUUUGGUACAGUUUUGCAUCUCCCCGCCGAAGACGGACUUAGAGAACAACGUCAUCGUAAGUGAUUACACGCAGAUGGAUAAAAUUUUACGCGAAGAGCGCAACCACAUCAUCGGUAUCAUCAAGAAGAUCAAGGCGAGCGGUUGCAACGUUCUCUUGGUGCAAAAGUCAAUCUUGCGCGACGCGGUGUCGGAUUUGGCGCUCCAUUACUUGGCCAAGGCGAAGAUUUUAGUCAUUCGUGACAUCGAGCGCGAAGAAAUUGAAUUCAUCAGUAAGACGCUUCACUGUCAACCGGUGGCGCACGUCGAUCACAUGACGCCGGAUAAGCUUGGUCACGCCGCACUCGUGAACGAGAAGCAGUGCGGAAACGGCAAGGUUGUCCAAGUCACCGGUGUCGAGAACAUGGGUCGUACUGUUUCAGUCAUAGUUCGCGGUGGUAAUCAGCUCGUCGUCGAAGAAGCCGACAGAUCGCUUCACGACGCUCUGUGCGUCAUUCGCUGCUUGGUGCAAAAGCGAUUUUUAAUCGUCGGCGGCGGAGCGCCCGAGGUUGAAAUGUCCCAAAAGCUCGGCUAUUGGGCGCGCACGCUAAGCGGGAUGGAUGCCGUCGCUGUGAAGGCGUUCGCUGAAGCUUUAGAGGUGGUUCCGUACACAUUGGCUGAAAACGCUGGUUUGAACCCGAUUGAAAUCGUCACCGAGUUGCGCAACGCUCACGUCGCCGGCAACGUGCACCACGGCAUCAACGUUCGCAAGGGAACGAUUUCCAACAUGAAGGAGGAGAAUGUGCUCCAACCUUUGUUAGUAUCAACGAGUGCGCUUUCCUUGGCGACUGAGUGCGUUCGAAUGAUUCUCAAAAUAGAUGACAUCGUGCCAAGCAUGAGGUGA